AGCUGAACCGGAUUAGCUCUCCGAAUGGAGGUUACGUCUGAAAUGUUGUGUCUAUAUAUUUGAGGAGUCCUUCACGUUUUUCUGAUCGAUAUCGAGGCGAAUAAUUAUUCCAAUUGCCAUCAGAACGCGACGUUCUUGUUACUUGCAAGAUGGCACCCGCCCCUCUUCGACAGACUCUCACUCAAGCCUCUCGGCGGACGGGCACCCUGGCUUUUGCUCAAAAAAAUGCCCUCCGAUCAACAUGCCAAGCUGCUUCUUUUUCCAUGUACAAGAAGCCGUUUUUCGACAACGAAGACGCUAAAUCCUAUGCCAAAGGUUCUCCAGAAAGAACUGAGCUCACAGAGGCGAUCAAAUCACUAAAGGCGACGUUGCCGGUCAACGUGCCAUUGAACAUUGCAGGCAAAGAGGUGACGCCUGACGCCAUCCAAACACAACCCAAUCCCUCAGAUCACCAGACAACCAUUGCAAACUAUGGCGCUGCCAGCGCUGCUCAGGUCAAUGAUGCGAUUGAAGCUGCACUCAAGGCCAAGCCAACAUGGGAAAAUCUGCCCCUCGAGCAACGCGCCUCCGUUUUCCACAGGGCGGCUGAGCUUGUGUCGACCAAGUAUCGGGCUGACCUCGUAGCAGCAUCGAUGCUUGGACAGGGUAAGAACAUCUGGCAAGCUGAGAUCGAUAUUGUUGCUGAGACCUGCGACCUUCUGCGCUUCGCCGUUCAAUGUGCCCUGGAUCUCGCGGCGACCCAGCCAGCGAAACACCCACCUGGCAUGUGGAAUCGUGUCGAGUAUCGGCCUCUGGAAGGCUUCGUCUACGCUGUUUCUCCCUUUAACUUCACAGCGCUGGGCGCUAAUCUUAUCGGCAUUCCACUUCUGAUGGGUAACGCUGUGAUCUGGAAACCUUCCAACUCUGCAGUCCACUCUUGCUGGCUAGUGCACAAGAUCCUCCUGGAAGCCGGCCUUCCCGAAGGCGUUGUCCAGUUUGUGCCUGGAGACGCUGAGCUCAUCACCAAGACGGUUCUUGAACACCCCGAGUUCGCUGCUCUCCAUUUCACAGGCUCCACCGACGUCUUCAAGAAACUCUAUGGCAAGAUCGGGCAAGCGACCGCGGAGAACAAGUUCAAGAGCUACCCCCGUAUCAUUGGCGAGACUGGCGGAAAGAACUUCCACCUGAUCCACAAAUCCGCGGAAAUUGACAACGCCGUCUACAACACUGUCCGCGGCGGCUUCGAAUACCAGGGCCAAAAGUGCUCUGCGCCCUCGCGCGUCUAUGUCGCCGAAUCCAUCUGGCCUACUUUCAAGGAGAAGCUGCUCGCCGAGACGGCCAAGGUCAAGACCGGUGCUCCCGAAGAGUACGACAACUUUGUCAACGCCGUGAUCCACGAGGCAUCUUUUGACAAGCUCAACGCCGUCAUCGAAAAGGCCAAGUCCGACGACAAGGUCACCCUGCUCGCCGGAGGCAAAGCAUCCAAGGAAAAGGGCUAUUUCGUAGAGCCCACCAUCUACCAAACUAGCGAUCCUCAACACGAGUUGAUGACCCGCGAGCUCUUUGGCCCCAUCCUUACCAUCUACGUCUACCCUGAUGCCGAAUGGGCCGAGACCAUCAAGCUCGUAGACAACACCACCUCCUACGGUCUCGCUGGCUCCGUCUUCGCCCAGGACCAGGUCGCGAUCCACCAGGCCGAGGUCGGCCUCAAGCACUCUGCUGGAAACUUUUACAUCAACACCAAGAGCACGGGUUCCGUGGUCGCGCAGCAGCCCUUUGGCGGUAACCGUGGCAGCGGUACCAAUGACAAGGUCGGCUCCGUCAACCUGCUCACCCGUUUCGCAAGCGUCCGUUCCGUCAAGGACGAUUAUGCCCCGCUCAAGGGCUUCAAGUAUCCCAGCAAUGAGGUUUAAAUUCGCCAUCACAUCUACCCUUUACAUAUUUUCCCCCCGUCAUUAUAUCCAUUCUUUAUAUACCUGUUUUUCUGGAGCCAUCAUGUCUACCAACCAUGAAUUGUACAGAGGGUAAAAAACCCAGCCCAUCUCAUCUAACGGACUCAUCCUGGACGCUGAUUUGCCGUCAGAUGGGCUGAUGUUGGGAUCAUCAUAUUGAUUACAUUGUAUACUAGAUAGCUAGACAGCAUGAAGGCGCAUUGGAGUGUUUUUCUCUCACAAGUUGCACCACAGAGACUUUUUAUGAAAUUGGAAUAGAAAAGGAAACG